AGUGUCUUUGGGCAUACUAGACAAAACGGUUCAUCUACCCAGGGAGGUAAUCAAAAAUGCGGAACGAGCGUGGCCGCGUUCCCGUUUUCGCAAAACGGAGCAUCCUCGGGUGCUGUUUGCUGUUCCUGGCGGCCGGCAUAUCCGCGCAAAACGAUGACCAAACGUUCGAGAGCGCGUACAGAUUGACGCCCGAAGACGUGGCCGACCAUAAUAACGAGGAAUCGGCCGUGGAAGGCGUACCGGUUGUGGAGAAUAGGGAAGUGGAGGACCUGAACGAUGUCGACGACCCCAAGCAGACCGAGAUCUACGAUGGGAACGGUCCCAUGAGCCCGCAAGUGGUCUCCGAAACGGAGCCGAAGGAACAAGUCACGUUAACUGAAGGUAUAUCCGGUAGAGCGAUCGGAGAAAAAAGCGGAAAGUAUGUGAGAUACGAUUCGGAUUUACCGGAUGCGGAAAGGUACGCGCCCCGUUCGUCCGACUCGGUUCAGGACUAUCUGUUAACCGAGCAACGGUUGAAGGACAUCCGGUCGAAGUUCAUGUAUUGGUACUUCGACAAAGGCGGCGACAACGGUAUAGGCGAUUAUCAGAAAGAGAUCCAGGUGUCGACGCCUCAAGUGCACAAGAACUUCAACUUCCAGCUGCCGUUCUUUGGAUUCCGAUUCAAUUACACCAGAGUGUCUAUGAACGGUUACCUAGAAUUCAGCGACCCGCCAGGCUACUACACGUAUCCACUCAAGUUCCCCAUACAAGACUGGCCGAAGAAGAACGAUCCCAGUUUCAUAGGAAUAUUCUUCAGCAAAUGUCGCAUAGGCGAGAUAAGGAAAGAAGACCUAGACAAACGAACGCCGGGCGUCUACUUCAGGCUCGAAAGGGACCUGCAAUCGAGGAAAGACCAAUUCGGCGUGGAGAUGCGGGAACGCGUGAAGUGGGACAUCCGCGAGGGAAUCGUCGGUUCCGAAUCUUUCGACCCGAAACACGCUGUCAUAAUCACUUGGAAGAACAUGUCUUUCGCCGGCGGAAUCGAUACCUCCCUUUUCAAAACGAACACCUUCCAAAUGGUCCUCGCUACGGACGAAGUGUCCACUUACGCGAUGUUCAACUACCUGAACUUUCAGUGGACCAGUCACACAGAGGCUGGUGGUGAUACCACCUCCGGAGAAGGCGGCGUUCCGGCUUUCGUCGGCUUCAACGCCGGCAACGGCACCCAAAGCUACGAAUACAAACCCUACUCCCAGAUGUCGACGCUUCGCGAUCUAACAGGCAGAGGGUGGGCAAAUGAUUUCCCUGGACGGCACAUGUUCAGGAUAGAUGAGAAGAUCAUGCUCGGAACUUGCAACAAGGAUAUCGCCGGAGCGAACUUGCCACUGGUGUUCGCUCCUGAAAGCGGAAACAUGUUAGGCGGCACCAUCGUGAACAUCACCGGGCCCUGUUUCAACGAGACACAAAAGAUUCGUUGCAUGUUCGAAACCGAGAUGGUGAUAGGCACCGUGGUCGAUAGAAAUCGAGCCAUAUGCGUGCAACCGUUUGUCAAGGCUCAGGGAUACAUCCGGUUCGCGAUUAGCAUCGGAGAUAGCAAAGGCUACGACUGGAAGGGGAAAUAUUUCAUCGAAACCCCGGCGUCGGCGACCGAGAAGAUCUUCGUCUCGAACAACGUUCGCGAACGCGAACCCGCGGAGAUCAAGAUCACCUGGGAUCGGUACAAUUUGACCAGCAACUUGGCCGCUGGUGUGCAGAUAUCUUUGUGGGGAUACCGCGAGACGAAAACUACUCCAGAGUUCGAAUACAUCACUGCUUUAGAGACGUCGUACACGAACGAGGGUUCCUACGUCAUCGCGCCAGCCAAAUACCGCGACGGAUACAAUCCCUACCAACAGGACAUGACCUUCGGAUUCAUCCAGCUGAAUUUAACCGAUCCGCAACAGAACACUGGCCUCAACAUCUCGCCGGUUCUGUGGAGCAGACCGAUCCCGUUGGGCUGGUACUUCGGGCCGCAAUGGGAACGCGCGAUGGGAGCGAAAUGGCCGCAAGCUCUUUGCAACAAGUGGAUCAUGAACGACAGAUACCUAAAGAAUUUCGCUGCGGAGAUACCGCUGUGUCCUUGCGACGUGAAGCACGCGUUAACCGACAAGGGCCGCUUCCUUCCCGAUUACGACUGCGACAAGGACUCGAAUCUAGACUGCAUCCUUAAUCAACACGCUCAUCAUUGCGUGAGGACCGGCGCGCCAAACAUGGAUGGGUCCGAGCAACAGUGCUGCUACGACAAAAACGGAAUCCUGAUGCUGACCUACGAUCAGCAAUGGGGCUCGAGGCCGCAUCGGUCCCACAAUCUUGGAUUCUAUCCGUGGGACGAGGCCAACAAGGUUCCAACCCUGUCUCACUGGUACCACGACGUGAUACCGAUCUACUUGUGCUGCAUAUGGCAAGAGGAACACUCGGUCGGCUGCGAAACAUUCAGGUUCGAGAGACGGCCGACGCAAGACUGCGUGGCUUAUCAGUCCCCGGCGGUGGCUACCGUGUUCGGUGACCCGCAUAUCGUCACGUUCGACAACUUGGAGUACACCUUCAACGGAAAGGGAGAGUUCGUUCUGGCUAGGGUAGAUCACACGAAAGACAAGCUCGACGUGCAGGGCAGGUUCGAGCAACUGCCGGACAACAUGCACGGAGAAGUUAGAGCCACGCAAUUGACCUCUAUCGCAGCAAGGGGCAACAAUUCCGUCCCCAUCGAAGUACGUUUGAGACCCAAGCACUCCCAGUGGAGAUAUCGACUGGACGUUUUCGCGGACAACCGGCGAGUGUACUUCGACAGACCGUCCCUGAAGUUCCAGCACUUCCCAGGCGUAGUCGUCUACACGCCCACGUACACUUUGAACCAGAGCGAAGUGAUCAUCAUGUUCGACACCGGUGCUGGCGUCGAGGUGGUUGAAAACGAGGGAUUCAUGUCGGCUAGAGUCUACCUGCCUUGGACUUACUUGAACAAGACCAAAGGACUCUUCGGCAAAUGGAACAACGAUAUGGCGGAUGAUCUUAUGGGCCCGGACGGUCAAAUAUCGGCCGCGAGCAAUCUGAAUCAUUUCGAGGCUCUGCACAAAGAUUUCGCGAUGAAAUGGAUGCUGGAGGACAAGGAGAACGAUUUGAUUGGCGGCGCGUUAUUCACCAGGGAGUUCGGAAGAACCGCGAGUUUCUAUGCGAACAGAACUUUCGAGCCCGAGUGGCGGAAGAUGCCCGAAGAGAUCGUGCCGAGUAACAGGUCGUACGACGUCCAAGCAGCCCACGAUAUCUGCUCGGAUUCGUACCAGUGUCAAUACGACUACGCGAUGUCGUUGAACAGAGAUUUGGCGCACUUCACGAAGAACUACUACGAUACUUAUACUCAUAUCAGGUACACCAACUUAGAGGAUCCGGUGAUUUCGUGCGGUGUACUGGAGACACCUCGAUUCGGUCGCAAGAGUAACUUCUUCUUCACGCCUGGCACCAAGGUGACCUUCGAGUGCAACCAGGACUUCAUACUGGUGGGCGAUCAACGGCGAACUUGCACACCGGAAGGACGAUGGAACGUGCCGGAAUACGGAUACACGGAAUGUCUACGUCAGGUCGAGUAUACCCAGCGCACAGCGUGGACCACUGUGGGUAUUAUUUGCGCCGUGUUAAUACCAAUAACCGGAUGUAUCGCAGGCGCCUUUUUCAUGAUCCGAAAGAGCCAGUCGAACGAAACCACGGAUAAGUCGUGGCGUAAUUCGGAGCCGAGCUCUGCCGUCGACGACGCGACAUUGUUGAGGCAGAGCGUGCCGUUGAAGCCGUACGACAGAGCGAUUUCGCCGGUUAGCGACACUAGCACCGCAACCACCGCUAGCAAAAAGCGGCAUAGCUAUGAGAAAGUGUACCGUACGCACGAGCCCCUGCCGGAUAAGCCGGACAUCGAGUUCGAGGACAAGGACUGGGACCUUAAAGAGCCCCAGUCCCCGACAGACUCGGAAAAGAGCACCGUCGAAUCGAUUAGAAAAACCGGCAGCUCCACCAAAGAGAGCGACGUGUAAAACGAUCAUGAUUUGCAAUUCUUUUUUUUACUUCUAUAUAGUUCUUAUCGCUAGAAUCCUCCCUUAACGAGAACCCCGAUCGACGAUUAUCUAACUGAGAAAUUUAAUAUAGAGCCAGGGAAACAAGUUACGGUUUUCUCUCUCUCUCUCUCUAUAGCGUCGCAUUUUCGUUCCCGCCUUCUGCUUCGACUACAAUCGCGCGACGCAAGUUUUGCCGGCCAACACAGGAAAUAAUCUCACGCGACGCUAAGGAGAGAAAACUGUAGUUCGAACGACCAUAGCUAGAAAAGACUAUAACAAAAAAAAAAAAUAAAAAAAUAGUGGAAGCUUGUGAGAACGUAUUUUUGUGACAGACUAAAGAUUGCUAAUUAGAAGCGUCUUUUGAAAUCAGCUUAGUUUACAGGAAGAUUAACUGUACGUAGACAUUUCUUUCUUAUAGCGUUUUUCCACGUUAAUCACCGGGAGCCGUGUAUCUUUCAUGACAAAUAUUUAUGCAACAUUAUCCUCCUCUCGGAAAGAAGAUCCCGCGCGAUUUGGAACGGAAACAAUAAACAGAUCCCUGUCGCGAAGAUUAGCUCUUUUAUCAUGUGUAUAAAUUGCAUUUGUCUCUUUGCUGUGGAAUAGAAAUGUGUUGGUUGUAUUAUGCAACGUGAAUUGGAUGUUAUACCGUUGUAUCAUUGAGAUCAGUUUUACGAAGAACACAAGAACAAAUUUAGAGCGCUACGAAACGCAAUAAUUUUGUAAUAACAUUCGGUACAGCACUUAUAUUGUAUGAGAUGCUUCGUGAUUAAUGUAAGAGCACAGUUCAAUAAACGAUUUCUUUUUUUA